AUGUUGUUAUCUACAACGCACGAAGCGUGCUCCGGUCGAAAAGCCGAUUCACGGAAAAUUAGUCAACCGACACAACGACUGGAAAGUAGUGAACAGCGAUUGGAAAGUAGUGAGGAAAAGAUUCGUAUGAUGAGCUCCCGGUUUAAGUCCAUCCAGGCAUUCAUUGGCGCAAUCCUUCAAUACUUACCACCUCCAGCAGCAGCGGGAGCACAAAACAUUUUGCAACAACCAAUUAAUCAAGACAAUGGAGAUCAAGAGAAGGUUGCGGAACCAAAUACCGAACAACAAAAUCAAGAUCAACGAAGGAUGCGAGAUGAUGAUUAUAUGGAUUAUUAG